CGCACCACCAUGAACACCAACCAUACAAAAAUCUUCUUUGAUUCUCACUGGACUAGAUUUCUCAUCUUUUAGGUUCUUCUCCUCUCUUUCUUUUUAUCUCCGGAAAAAAUCCCGAAAACAAUUUCCAAGUACGUAGAUUUCAUGGCGGGAGCGCUCGAGCCUUUUAAGGGAGAUGCUCCGUCGCCCCGGACGCCGGCCUUUCGCCCCUUGUUCUUGCCCCCGCCUUUCCCCGCCGGAGCCCGCAUGGGACCGGCCCAUACUCAGCAUGUCCAGGCGCGCCCGCGUCUUCUUCACCCGCAGGCCGGGCUGGCUCCUCGUGCCCAGCCAAUGAAGACCGCGGUGCGGCCGCGGAAGCUGUACCGCGGCGUGCGGCGGCGGCACGGGUGCAAGUGGGUGGCGGAGAUCCGGCUGCCGCGCAACCGGACCAGGCUCUGGCUCGGCACCUUCGACACCGCCGAGGAGGCUGCUCAUGCUUACGACCAGGCCGCCUGCCGCCUCCACGGGGACGCCGCGCGGCUCAACUUUCCGGACAAGGCCGGCGCCUCGUCGCGGCCCCCCCUCAAAGCUGCCGUUGAUGCCAAGCUCCAGGCCAUCUCCCGCACCAUCGCCGCCGCGUCCAAGAAUACUCCAAGGCCACGCCAAUAAACGCCCCCGCCCUUCGGGAACUCUGGUGGCGGCGAUGGAAGAGAACGGCUCGACUUGGGCGAGAUGCAUGCCGUGGCGUGGGACGAGUCGGAGAGUUUCAUGCUCAACAAGUACCCUUCCUGCGAGACCGAUCGGGAGUUCGGGACUCACUGCUCUCCUCCUAAUACGAGUAGUUCCUCCUGAUUAGUGACCAGUGUAUGGAUGGCCAGCCAGCGCAGAUGAGGUUGUAGGCAUUCUGCGCGGCUAAAAAGUCAUCAUUAUAUAUGUUCGCUCUUGUGGAAAAAUUUAAGUGAUUCCAGAGAUAUAAUGCUGGUUAGGUUAGCAUCUACGUAACAUAUUGUACUGUCAUUUUAACUUUUAGAAGUAAGACGCCUUAGUAAGGCAUAUGGAUUGAGGCC